UAUAAAUAUCUGAAUGAAAUUUAGCAGGUUACUAAGUGCAGAUCAAACAGCCUUCUGACUUCUACCUAUCUUUACAUCUAGGAAAACAGCAGCAAGCAACUUUCAGCAUGGCUGGCCAGGAGUGGGGAUACUCUAAAGAAAACGGUCCUGAAAAGUGGCAUCUCCUCUUCCCCAAUGCUAAAGGCUCUCAUCAGUCACCAAUCAACAUCUCUACUGCUGAUGCCCAGAAAGAUCCAGCUUUAAAAAACUUGAAAAUGUCCUAUGAUCCAGCCAAGGCACGAGCUGUUUUCAACAAUGGCAACUCAUUCAAUGUGGAAUAUGAUGACAGCGAUGACAGUUCAGGUCUGGAAGGUGGACCACUCAGUGGACAUUAUAGACUGAAUCACUUUCAUUUCCAUUGGGGAGCAAGUGAUGACCAUGGAUCUGAGCACACUGUUGACGGAGCUGUGUAUGCAGCAGAGCUUCACUUAGUUCACUGGAAUGCGAAUAAAUAUAAGAGUUUUCAAGAGGCUUUUCAACAUCCUGAUGGACUGGCUGUUAUUGGAGUUUUUCUGAAGAUAGGAAAUUCCAACCCUGUAUUGAAGAAUGUCAUUGAUGUGCUGGGAGACAUUAACGGGAAGGGUAAGAGAUCUGCUUUUGCCAAUUUUGACCCCUCAGCUCUCCUUCCUUCUAAUCUGGAUUACUGGACAUAUCCUGGAUCAUUGACUACGCCUCCUCUUUAUGAAAGUGUCACCUGGAUUGUCAUGAAAACACCAGUUACAGUGAGCUCUCAGCAGUUGGCUAAAUUCCGAAGUGUCGUCGGCUCAGCUCCAGGUGAAAAGCCUUGCAACAUGACGCACAAUACCCGUCCUACACAACCCCUGAAGAACAGGGUGGUGAAAGCUUCCCUCUAAUAAGCACAAUGUUCAGCUUUCAUUGGCAAUACCUUUAUAGUUUAUGACAAAGCUGUCCUAGAAAGUUUGCAUUAAAUAGAACUAUUUACCGUGUAUUUAAAAGUAUGAGUACUAAAAAUCUUACAACCCAUGUAGGUUGCAAACAGAUAUUAAAAUCCUGAAGAAGUGUAUAUUGGUGUUAAAGCAUCUAAGUCAGAAUUUAUUUUUUACCUUAUUUUGUAUCUUGCUUUUUAAUGGAAUAUAUUUAUAUUUAAAAUGCAAAAUAUAUUUCUUUCUUGUUUAAAAAUAUUACAGUUAAAGAAUACAUAUGCUUCAACUAGGUGAAUAUCUAAAGGUAAAGUUUACUCAUUAGCCUGCUAAUGGCAUUGGUUCAUAUGAUUUUGCAUUGCUUAUUGAUUAAAACAAAGUAAUAAAUUUUUUUAUGAAUAUGA